UUUAAUGUUCUUAAUCCUCUGCAGCAACGUGUAGUUUUACCUCAGUUGCGUGUUGUUGUGCAACGCAGAUCAUGAGAAAGUGCGGGAAAAGCCAGCGGUCGCCGCCGGCACGUGCACGUGCACGUGGACGGACGUCGAUCAUGCAUCCAGUGCCGCAGGGAUGGUGGUGGAAGAUGCCCCUCGCGACUCUGCCUCUGGGAAGGCAGCGAAGGGCUGCGAGCAGGAAGGAAAGCCCGAGGUGAUCAUUGUUAAAGAGGAGCGGCUGGAGGAGCAGUGUGAGGACAGUGACCUGGAAGAAAGCAUUCAGACCCCUGUGGAGAGAGUUCCAGAGCUGAGCCCCGACAAUGAUCAUGGAAGCGCUCCAGCAGUGGAUGCGCAGAUCACCCGUACGGAGGACAUCAAACAUUUAAGUGAGCAAAAGAGAUCGAGACCCAGUGACUGGGAGGACAGUGGACUGGAUGCUGUGUUCAAGACGGAUCCAGAAAGUGCGCUCCAACAUAGAGUAUCGCGUAGUCCAGGAGCACUGAACAGAUUGGGCUAUGAAUACGUCAUACAGAGGCCCAGUCAGCUGCAGGCGUUAUUUGAACAAGGCAGCAGCGACACGGACGCUGAGGGUCCAGCAUGCUCAUAUUCUAAAGAAACGAGUUCAGACCUAAGAGCUCACGCAGAGCUGGAGAAUGCGGGUGCAGCUACUGCAAAAUGUGACCCUGGCGGUCUUUCCUCUUUUGAAUCCCCUGAGAAACCGCAGAUGAUCAUGAAAGAUAUGAUCGUGUCUGUGCCCGUUAUAGAAGGAGCUGACGUGCACUCUCCUUGGAGUAACAAUACCAUUUUGGGCUGCAUUUAUACACAACAGAGACAUUAUAAGGAGUUUGAAGAAAGACAGGGAUCCCCUGCCGAUGUUUUAGCCAACUUGCGCCUCCCGCUUCCUCAGGUGACGCAGAAAGAGUCGCACUCGGAAAUAAAUAAUUUCCUGCCACACUGCGGGGUUAAGAAUCAACGAUCAAGAGAGAAACGGUUCAUUUGCGGGUACUGCGGGAAGUGUUUCACGUGUCCAAAGUACCUCCAGACGCACCAGAGGGUUCACACGGGAGAGAAACCGUACAGCUGCUCUCAGUGCGGGAAGCGCUUCGCUCAGUCGGGGUACCUCAAGAAGCACCAGAACGUUCACACGGGAGCCAAGCCGUUUGGCUGCAAGCAGUGUGGGAAACGCUUUGCUGACUCCAGCAACCUCAUCCGACACAGGAGCGUUCACACGGGAGAGAGACCUUUCGUCUGUACUCACUGCGGGGAACGGUUCGCAGGAAAACACAACCUGAAAAUACACCAGCAGAGAAACCAUCCCGCUCUUUGGACUGGCAGAUGAUAUGUUUACAUGUUAGAACCGACGCCGGUUAAUGUAUUGUUAACAUAUGUUUUAGUACUUACAGCAUCAAGGUUUUAUUUCCUGAGGGUAGAAUUGUGUGCUGUGACCACUUAUGUUCUCACUGGUUCAUAUUGUACUGUUUUGUGGGACCUGAAGGUUAGAAAUCCACUCGAGCAGAGGUUCUGACAUGGUCCGUGGAUGGGCUUCAGAGGGUCUGUGAAGUACAGGCUUGCUUUGAAAAUAACACUAACUAAAUAAAAUGAAAAUAUU